AUGUUCGGAUCCACGUCCAAGCGAUUGCAAGGCGUCCCGUUUCGACGUCAGCUGGCCGUGGCUGCUGCUGCCAGGUUCCCCACACGCCACCACGGCCGAGGACGCGGACUUAUCGCCAUCGGCAUGACUGGUGCCAGCCGUUCCGUCUCACGCCGGCCAAUGCACACGACCUCGCCCGCGGACGCUCGACUGGUGCAAGGGCACAUCUCCAUCACACCAGGGGCGACGAUGCAACUGCCCCCUACGGUACCCAUCCCCGUCGAUCCCGGCACUCCGUCGGCAAUCCGAUCGACGCGUGCCCGCCGCGGUGACGUCAGCGGUGCCCCGGCUCAAGGUCAGAUCCCCGACGCCGGCGCCGGCGCGGAGGGCGUCGCGAACCCGAGCGGAGCCAGCAGCAACAGCAGCAGCUCUGGGAUUUCCGGGGGCAAGGUUCUCGGUGACAAAGUGUCCGCGACCACCGUCUCCCCACCUCCAUUGAUGGGCAAGUCGCCGACGCCCGUCUCUCGCAAACUUGACUCGCUCGAACACCAAGGGCAACCGACGCGCGGCGUGGACUUGGGUUCGAUCGUCGCGUUGGAUCUCUUUCUUCUCCGCACCUUGGGUCAACUCUCUUUCGAAGCCGGCUCGGGAGGGCCGACCUACGCCAGUCUCGACGAACUGAUCAGGCAGAGUCGAGAGCGGAGUGGCAAGGUGUUGGAUCUGGACCUGCAGUACGAGUCAACGCCUGCGAUCGAGCGAAGGGUUUCGACGACGGUUUCUUCAGCGGGGGCCCUCGCCGAGUCCGCUGUAGGUGGUCGUCGACAGGAGCGACAGGAGCGACCGGACGAGUCGGAGUCGACGGCCCAAACGCAGAGUGGGAUCGUGACCGUCGCGCACGUGAUGGGGGGCAAGCAGCCAAGGGUUUCGGUCUGUUCGGGCUUUGCGAUCGGUAACUCGGAAACAAUCGUCACGUGUGCUCAUACAUUGGAAUCGGUGGGUAUUUUCCGUUUGAUCUAUAGACGAGCGUGACUGACGGCUUGGGCCUUUUUCCACCGCAGAUUUCGCGCAACCUCGACCCUUCGGCACCAUCCGUCUCGCUUGUCCUCACGUCCUCGGGCCACGUUUUCCCCGUCCUCUCCCUCCUUUCAUCUCUCCCCGCCUCGGACCUCGUCCUUCUCUCGAUCCCCUCUACAGCCCUGCGCAACCCGUCGUACCGACUCCCACCCAAGCCAACGGACAGCUUCCCGCGUCUUCGAUCGCUCCCCGUUUCUCCUUACCCUGCCACGGUCGGGACCCGGAUCGCGAGUCUGGAGUAUUCGAGUCCCUUGAUGGGGGAAGGGAAGCGACAGGUCUUUGGAUGGAAGCAUGGUUUGGUCGUCGAGUAUCGCGAUUCAAUGGGCCGCACGGCCGAGGUCAGUUCCAGUUGGUGAAGGGGAUAUUCUAGUCGUGCUGCGUCACCAUUGACUCGGUGGUCCCUCUCUUCACCCAGACGGGCACCUACGACGAGCUCUCUUUUCUCCGCUUCUCGAGCCUCCCCAACCCCGGAAGCUCUGGGGGACCCAUCGUCGACAUUGAAACGGGUGCCGUCGUUGGCGUGGUUAGAGGAAGCACGAAGGCCUACGGGGAUCGUGAAGAACGAGGGUGGGGGACACCCGCGGAGAAAGUCUUUGAGGUGGGUUGCUCAAGAGCCCCGUGGAGGAACCACGAGAUGCUGAUGCAUCGUUUUGAAACCCGUUGAUUCUCUCGCAGUGGUUCAAGUUGCCGGGUUUCAAGUCGAAGAAGGAUACGAGGACCGUUGCUGCUACAGAAGGAGAGUCCAGGAUUCAGGAGGGGAAGAAGCUUUCGAAAUAG